ACCAGUCCGGGAGCGCACGGAGAGCACAGGACCAGCCGAGUCCGGAUCAGCUCCGACCGGGUUUAUCUUUUUUUAUUUUAAAUUUUUUUUCAGGAUUCGUCUUGUUGUGUCGUCGUAGCAUGACGGACGCUCCUUUUUGUGGCUUCACGUGAAACUCAGCUCGACAUGGAGACGUUCACGGACCACGAGCUGCUCAUCAACUCCACGGAGCUCAACAGGAUUCUGUGCAGUUUUGGAAUCAAGAACAUUUCAGAGUGUGAGACUGAGCAGCAGGACGCACCAGCCGAACCCACAGACAUCCACCAGACGGUGCGGAUCGUCCUCUACUGCCUCAUCUUCCUCCUGGGCGUGGUGGGAAACAGCCUGAUCAUCCUGGUCCUGGUCCAGAACCGGCGCAUGAGGACCGUCACCAACCUGUUCCUGCUGUCGCUGGCGCUCAGUGACCUGAUGGUGUCGCUGGUGUGCAUCCCCUUCACACUCAUCCCAAACCUCAUGAGGGACUUCAUCUUCGGAGCCGGGAUGUGCAAACUGGUCAUGUACUUCAUGGGGGUCUCGGUCAGCGUGUCCACCUUCAACCUGGUGGCCAUCUCCCUGGAGCGUUACAGCGCCAUCUGUAACCCGCUGACCUCCAGGACGUGGCAGACCAAAUCCCACGCCGUCAAGGUCAUCACGGCCACGUGGGUGGUGUCCUUCGUCCUGAUGCUGCCCUACCCCAUCUCCAGCACCCUGAAGCCCUUCACCCGCCUCGACAACUCCACCGGACACAUGUGCCGCCUGGUGUGGCCCAACGACACCACCCAGCAGUCCUGGUACGUGUCUCUGCUGCUCCUCCUCUUCCUCAUCCCUGGAAUCGUCAUGACGGCGGCGUACGGACUCAUCUCCGUGGAGCUUUACCGCGGCAUCAAGUUCGAGUUGUCCAAUAGGAAGUCGAGCAGAGACCGCCAAUCCAGCACCGGCAGCAUCAAACCCGGCGACAGCGACGGUUGUUAUCUCCAGCCCUCCAAGAGGAAGAGUUUACCCAUGAGCACCGGCGUCUUCGGCAGCUCCGCUAAGGACACGCUGGGCCGAGUGUCGAGCAGCGGCAGCUCCACCGCCAACCUGAUGGCCAAGAAGCGCGUCAUCCGCAUGCUGCUGGUCAUCGUCUUCCUGUUCUUCGUGUGCUGGAUGCCGGUGUUCGUGGUGAACGCGUGGCAGGCCUUCGACCGGCGCUCGGCGUACCGUCUGACCGGCGCGCCCAUCUCCUUCAUCCACCUCCUGUCCUACACGUCGGCCUGCGUCAACCCCAUCAUCUACUGCUUCAUGAACAAGCGCUUCCGUCAGGGCAUGCUCGCCACCUUCAGCUGCUGCCGGAGAAACGCAGGCGGCGCCUCGGCGAAGUCGGCCGCAAAUCGCCCGCUCAAGUUGGACACGGGUCGAACCAGAGCAGAACCAAAGACUCCAGAACAGAACGGUCACACGCCUCCGAGCGGAGCCAGCACCAGGUUCACCUACACCGGGAUCCGAGCGUCGGCCUGGAGCGAGCUGACGUAACCAGGACGGAAAUGUGACGGCGCCGACGGGACGAGUUCACCACCUGCCGCCGCUUUAGCUUCAAGUGUGACGUGGAUACAAGACGAACGACCGGUGUCCUCAAAGAGAAACCAGACGUUCAGACUGAAGGACCUGGUUUAGCGUCUGGUCACAGCCAGGCCAAUUAAACGCUCGUUAAACGCAGUUAAACAGGUUAACGGCGCCGACCGCUGCCGUUCAGAUCCGAUAAUAAACACUCACCAGGUCCGUCACCUUAGCUGGAAAAACGCUGAUGGAAGCAGCUGCACAAAAAGAAAAACAGAAAAGAACAUCUGUACAAGCACUCAUCAUAUAUGACGGUCAUGACUUUAUGUAAUCGUCUUCACGUAAAGUUCGCUCUUGCUUGACGUAACAUGUGAAAUAUUUGUGAAAAAUUAGCUUGAAACUAAACGAGCCUGUUCUUAUAAGCUCAUAUAACCUGCUGCUGCCAUGACCUGGACCACGAAAAGAUGCAGAUGACGGAGAUUUUUUGUUUCACGAUGUAGAAAUAAUGAGAAAAAAACCUUAGCUGAAUUAGCGAAAGCACACAGCUAACGUGUUAACCUGUUACAGUUAGCUUCUUUAAUUAAACUGAGUCUUUUUCUUGUUUUUUUCUUGAGUUGACGUACAUUUAAAGUUCAUCUGAAACAUGUGAAAACAAAACGAUAAAUAAUAAGGCUAGCCUGUUAGCAUGUUUCGUCAUGCUAACAGGUUAGCCUUAUUAGCUUACAGGCAUAAUUAACUAAAGAUAAUGAAAUACUUAACUGGCUUCUGUCAUUACAAAAAUAAACAGAUACUUAAAAAGCAUGAAUAAGAAUCCAGUUACCAACAAGGAAACAAGCGUUGGUAGGAUCUUAAACAUUAAGCUAGCUUUUUGUAUAGCCUUCAAAACAAUGGAAUGACAAAGGAAGCAGAACUAAUUUAAUUAUUAAUUUGCAAAAAAAGAGUGGGAGUCCGUAAGUUAUACUUUUUCCCACUCCUUUUCAAGCGCCGAAAAAUUUAGUUUGACCGUGUUGUAUGGUUCUUUAUCUGAUGAUUCUAUGUGCUCGAAAUAAAACUAAAGUAACUAUUAAUAAGAAAUUUUACAACAAAAUGGUCACCUUCAACAGACUGCUCCAUGUUACUAUAGUGUCUGUUCUCACCUUCUGAUAGAAACUAAAUAUUUAAUCAAUUAUUCAUCUAAAUACUUCGACUGACACCACUCAUGUCUGUCUUUAACAUAAAGCUAAUGGCGCAAUUAGCCUAGCUUAGCAUCAAAUAAUGAAAAAAAGUCAAACGGCUAAAAUAACCUGGGUCUAAACUCAGAAUUAUUAUCGUUUCAACAACUCCGAAACUUGUGAGUGGUAUUUUGUUUUGUCAUUUUCAUACAUAAAAAACAAUUUUACACAAAAAUUGCCACAAUUGCAAUGCUAUGUAAGCUAAUGUUAUUCAUUAGCUGUGAAGGCGACUGGGUUAACUUAGCAUAAAAAAGAACAAAAGAUUAUAAAUUCUAUAAAAGAUACAGAUUUACAAGAUGACUGGAUUAUUUCUAACACCUCUAAAGUUCAUUAUUUGUCGUUUUUUUGUGUUUAAUCCAGAUGUGAAAUGAUAAAACUGUUCGGAAUGCUUUUCGAGGUA